UCGAUCGAAGUGCUUGAAAGAAAAUCGAAAUCUUGCUGCUACAGGAGUCUGAAGCGAAAGUUAAAGUCAAAAUCUUUGGUGAAUAUCAAUUUUAGUGUACCUGGUACACACCCUCGAGGCACUCGUUAUUAACGAGAGAGAAAAAAGAAGUAUGACUGCGACGGUUUUAGGAACCUUUGUACGAAAAUCAGCAGGAUUUCCCCUUGGCGGUAAGGGAUUGCUAAAAAAUGGGGCAUGCCUCAAUUACUUUAGCCGAAGGCAAGGUCAUCAAAGCCAAAUAGAUCAGGAAUACCUAAAGGCGUACCAUGGUCCGGUAUUGUAUCCGGAUGAAUACACGUCGCAGUAUCCGACGACUUAUAAAACUGAACUCGAGCCACCUCGUGAACAUAAGGUUCAGAAUUCGUUUUUGAAUUUCGGGCCGCAGCAUCCGGCAGCUCACGGUGUGCUACGUCUGGUGCUCGAGCUUGACGCCGAAACUGUUAUAAGGUCAGAUCCUCACAUCGGACUGCUGCACCGUGGAACUGAGAAAUUGAUCGAAUAUAAAACCUACACCCAGGCUUUGCCUUAUUUCGAUCGUUUGGAUUACGUCUCGAUGAUGUGCAACGAACAGUGCUACUCAUUGGCAGUUGAGAAAUUGCUCAACAUCGACGUUCCAAUUCGUGCUAAGUACAUUCGUGUGCUCUUUGCCGAGAUUACGCGACUAUUGAAUCACAUGAUGGGUGUCGGUACUCAUAUUUUGGAUGUUGGAGCCCUGACUCCAUUGUUCUGGCUAUUUGAAGAGCGUGAGAAACUAAUGGAAUUUUAUGAGCGAGUGAGUGGUGCACGAAUGCACGCAGCCUACGUUCGACCAGGUGGAGUUUCAUUGGACAUGCCAUUGGGUCUGAUGGAUGACAUCUAUGAGUUCGCUAAUAAGUUUGCGGAACGUUUAGACGAAGUCGAGGAUCUCAUUACAGAGAAUAGGAUUUGGAUAGCACGUACUAAAGACGUUGGUGUAGUAUCCUAUGAAGAUGCACUGAAUUGUGGAUUCAGUGGUGUCAUGUUACGCGGUUCGGGCAUAAAAUGGGACCUACGGAAAUCCCAGCCAUACGAUGCUUACGAUUUGGUCGACUUUGAUGUCCCGAUUGGAAUCAACGGAGAUUGUUUUGACAGAUAUCUCUGCCGUGUCGAAGAAAUGCGUCAGUCUCUGAGAAUCAUUCACCAGUGUCUGAAUCAGAUGCCACCGGGUGAAAUCCGUACGGAUGAUGCAAAAAUCGCUCCACCACCCCGCUCGGAAAUGAAGUCCAGCAUGGAAUCACUCAUCCAUCAUUUCAAGCUCUUUAGUCAGGGCUACCAGGUACCGCCCGGUGCUACUUAUACGGCAAUUGAAGCACCAAAAGGAGAAUUUGGUGUAUAUCUUGUCAGCGAUGGCAGCAGCAAACCGUAUCGCUGUAAGAUCAAAGCCCCCGGUUUUGCUCACUUGGCUGCUCUAGAUAUGAUCGGGAAAAAACAUAUGUUGGCGGAUAUUGUAGCCAUCAUCGGUACACUCGAUGUAGUAUUUGGCGAGGUUGAUCGAUAAGUCCACUGGUGGGGAAGUUGUGAGAUUAUAAAGGUAAAACUUAGGGUUGUGCAUAUACUUUAUAGGAUUCAGGACACUAAGAUCAACGACUGAUUACGAAUAACUUCAGAUUAAAUAUGAUUCAAUGCCAGUAUUAAGUGUUUAAAAUUCAAGUUUCAUUCCAGCUACGUAAUAUCAUGCAUGACCAACCUGGUGCCUGGAAGUAUUAGUAGAAAUUGUAAAAAUGUAAAAUCAUCAACAACAGAAGGGGUUACUUAUAAGAAUAUAGCAAAAUAUAAUAGCAAAAGUGAAGAAUAUGAGUAUACAGUAUAAAUAAUACAAAUAAAUAAAAAGCUAUUCAAAAGUU